AUGUUCCGUCAAGCAUUGAAGACCGCCGCCCCCCGGGUGGGCGCAAUCUCUGCCAGAACCGCGGUACGUACCCUUCAAUCAUCCCCAAGGCCCUUGUACCAAGCUUCAAUGGACCUCGAUACUCUCAAUGGCCUUCUCCCAGCAUCUACAAGCUCAAUUGAGUUGCAGCGCUGGUGGCAGAUGUGGUUGAGAGCUGGACGAAGAGCCUCCCCAGCAGCAUUCAACGCUGCCUCCAACCAAAUCCGAAGCUACGCAUCGGCCGAAAAGGCAACACCUACCGAAGUCUCUUCGAUCCUCGAGCAGAGAAUUAGAGGCGUGCGUGAUGAGGCCGGUCUUGCCGAGACUGGACGUGUUUUAUCUGUCGGUGAUGGUAUCGCUCGUGUCCACGGUAUGAGCAAUGUCCAGGCUGAGGAACUUGUUGAGUUUGCAUCCGGUGUCAAGGGCAUGUGCAUGAACUUGGAAGCUGGCCAAGUCGGUGUUGUGCUCUUUGGUUCUGAUCGUUUGGUCAAGGAGGGUGAGACUGUCAAACGUACCGGAGAGAUCGUCGAUGUUCCUGUCGGAAUUGAGAUGCUCGGCCGUGUCGUCGAUGCUCUGGGAAACCCAAUUGAUGGCAAGGGACCCAUCAAGACCACCGAGAAGCGCCGUGCUCAAUUGAAGGCACCCGGUAUCUUGCCUCGACACUCCGUCAACCAGCCCGUACAGACUGGUCUUAAGUCCGUCGACGCAAUGGUGCCUAUUGGACGUGGUCAGCGUGAGUUGAUUAUUGGUGAUCGUCAAACCGGAAAGACUGCCGUUGCUCUCGAUGCUAUUCUGAACCAAAAGCGAUGGAACGACGGAAACGACGAGACCAAGAAGCUUUACUGUGUCUACGUUGCCGUUGGGCAAAAGCGAUCAACUGUUGCUCAGCUCGUCAAGACCCUUGAGGAGAAUGAUGCCAUGAAGUACUCCAUUGUCGUUGCCGCCACUGCCUCCGAAGCCGCACCUUUGCAGUAUAUCGCGCCCUUUACUGACCAGUCUGGCGCCUUUGUGACACUUAUCGACGGCCCCGAUUUGGACGGCGUCCAAGUAAUGGCUACAAUGUCUGCCGUCCCGGGCCCGCUGCAGAAGCUUGUGGACGAUUACAUGUUUCAACAUGUCAAUCUCAAUGCUCCAGACGGGUACAUCAAUCCAGACUUCAAGAUUGUAUUGCAAGCAGAGGCCGGCCGCAACAUUUGUGCUGCUACACCUCUCACAUUCGCACCGGGCCUCGAGGUUCUUCAAUCUGAUACGCCGCCAACGCCCGACUUCUGGUUGUCUACUCCCAAGCCUCUAGACAAGUCCUGGGCUGUGUACGCCGCGCUCCUGACCAAAGACGGUUGCGAGCCGGGUCUGUGCAUUGGUUCUGGAACUGAUGCCGUCGACGGGUACAUGGGUCGCGUCGCCCAUUACUCCGACAAGAGGCAUCCUCGACUCCCUCGUUUUGUCCGCCUUCUCUACGACAAAGGCUACGACCUCGCUCACAUUGGUCUGCUUUGCUGGGCGACUAUACCAUCUGUUAUAAUCAUGCCGCGAGCAAGACGGCGGUUCAUCGCUAUCGAGGGAACAUUCACGAACAUCUUCUACUCUGCGAUUCCCACCUGCAUGGACGCGCUGUGGACUGGUCUAGUGCCAUGGUCUCGGGACGACGUCCUCUGGCGCCCGCUCAAUUCCCACACACCAUUCAAGGAGGGUGUCGUUGGCGACUUGAAGAUGACCGCAGAAGAGCUUCUUGCCCUUGCAGCGGAGCGAAAGAAGCGCGCAGUGCAGCAUUCGAAGAAUGCCUAUGCAAAGAAUGCGCAAAGAAUGAGAGAGACAUACGACCGCGAACGUGCUCAAGACAUCGAUGCAUUCCGCUUGAAGAAGCGUAUUCAGGCAAUUGCAUGGGUCGCGAAGAACAAGAAGGCAAGGGCCGCGAGCAAUAAAUCCAAGAAAAAAGCCGUUGCAAAAAAGCGAUUCUACUGUUCAUACUGCAAGAUGGCAUUCGCGGACAGCACCAAGCUCAAGAGACACAAGAACUCUGCCGCACACAAGCAUCGGCUCAAUGGACGCCGUCCGACUACCAAACAACGCAGUGACCAAGCAUCGCGUGCUCGAAUCCGCACUUCCAUGGGUGAAUGGUUCCGUGACAAUGGCAAGCACGCAGUCAUCGUUUUCGACGAUCUCUCCAAGCAGGCUGUUGCAUACCGUCAAAUGUCUCUGCUUCUCCGUCGUCCUCCCGGACGUGAGGCCUACCCCGGUGACGUCUUCUACCUCCACUCUCGUCUCCUUGAGCGUGCUGCCAAGAUGAGCGACAAGCACGGUGGUGGUUCUUUGACUGCUCUUCCCAUCAUCGAGACCCAGGGUGGUGAUGUGUCUGCUUAUAUCCCAACCAACGUUAUUUCGAUUACCGAUGGACAAAUUUUCUUGGAAGCCGAACUCUUCUACAAGGGUGUCCGCCCUGCCAUCAACGUCGGUCUUUCCGUGUCCCGUGUCGGAUCUGCUGCCCAACUUAAGGCCAUGAAGCAAGUCGCUGGUUCCCUGAAGCUUUUCUUGGCCCAAUACCGUGAGGUCGCUGCUUUCGCUCAAUUCGGUUCUGAUUUGGAUGCUGCCACCAAGCAAACUCUUAACCGUGGUGAACGUUUGACUGAGCUCCUCAAGCAAAAGCAAUACUCCCCAAUGGCCGUAAACGAAAUGGUUCCCCUCAUCUACGCCGGUGUUAACGGACACUUGGACACUGUCCCCGUCAACAAGAUCCUGCAAUGGGAGGCUGACUUCAUUGCUCACAUGAAGACCAACGAGAGCGAUCUGCUGGCCACGAUUGACAAAGAGGGUGCGUUGAGCAAAGAUCUCGAAGCGAAAUUGAAGGACGUUGUUGUGACCUUCACAAAGAGCUUUACAUAA